AUGGCCCAGAGCCGCCUAGGCGGGCGCCUAGCGCCUAGGCCGAUUGCAAAUGCCGUUGUUACAAGCCUGGAGAAACACAGCUCUCCAGAAGCGGACAAGUAUGGGACAAUUGUUAGAGUUGGCGAACCGAUUAGGAGAGAUUUUGUUAUAAUCAAUCUCUAUUCCUCCCUUAAAGUGGUGGAGAGAUUGGAUGAGAGUAUACAGCAGUUUGCAGUUAUUAUUAUGUCUCAAGUUGUCCAUUUGUGCAUCCUGCUGUUUUGGUGGAAACUUAUGCACAAGGGGAAUGUUGUCUCACACUAUGUCGAUGAUCUUGAAGGACAUGAUCGGAUUGAAUCUGCGCUUGCUCAUGAAGUGGAGGAGGCAUUUGCUUUCUGGGGUACUGCAGAAGGUGAUCCUGUCCAUCCUGCUGAGUGUAUGCAGCAGAAACUGGAGAAAGUUAGGCGUCAUAGAGUCAAUGUUGAUGGCAAUAUGCUCGGGCGCCACAUGAGGAAGCAUGGAGGAGAUAAAUAUUGUCUUUCCCAGCAGUGGCACUUACAUCGCACAUGUAAGCUCACGUACUUUGAUUGCUGA